CAGAGAGACAGAGAGAGACAGAGAGAGAGAGAGAGAGAGAGAGAGACAGAGAGGUUGUCCGGCUGGUUGUCCGGCUGGUUGUCCCAUGCGGGGAGAGGAUGGGGACAGAGGAAAGAGUUUCUCCGCUGAAGAACUUUGUGUCUGGAGGAGUCGCCGGAGCCUGUCUGCUGCUGGCAGGACACCCGCUGGACACCAUCAAGGUGAGACUGCAGACUCAGCCCAAAGCCUCCUGCUCUCAGCUGGUGCUCUACACAGGAACGUACGACUGCUUCCGGAAAACCCUUUCUAAAGAGGGUGUCCUCGGUCUCUAUAAAGGAAUGGGUGCUCCCCUGGCGGGCGUGGCUCCGAUGAUGGCCAUCAGUUUCUUUGGGUUCGGUCUGGGAAAACAGCUGCAGGCAGAAGAUGACAAACCUCUAACGAAUUCUCAGAUCUUCCUCUCCGGCUGUCUGGCCGGCGUCUUCACCACUGUCAUCGUCGCUCCGGGAGAGAGGAUCAAAUGUUUACUGCAGGUGCAGGCCAGCGGCGGGCGGUCAAAGUAUUCGGGUCCGAUCGACUGUGCAGUCCGUCUUUAUAAGGAGCAGGGACUCCGCUCCGUCUACAAGGGAACCGUGCUAACUCUAAUCAGAGACGUUCCUUCUAACGGUCUCUACUUCCUGACGUAUGAAUACCUCAAAAACUUCCUGACUCCUGAGGGUCAGAGCGUCUCUCAGCUCAGCACUCCCAGAAUCCUCCUGGCUGGAGGCGUCGCAGGGAUAUUAAACUGGACCAUCGCUCUGCCUCCAGACGUCCUAAAAUCUAACUUCCAGACAGCUGGAGAUAUGAAGUAUGGAGGUCUGCUGGAUGUUUUGAGGACUCUGCUCCGAGAGGAAGGACCUCAAGCGCUCUUCAAAGGAUUCAACGCCGUCUUUCUACGAGCCUUUCCUGCAAACGCCGCCUGUUUCCUGGGCUUCGAGGUGGCGUUGAAGGGGCUCAACAUGCUGGCGCCCGGCUGGUGAAACUAAACUGAAACUCAAAGACUCAAUGAAAUGUUUUCUGACAUUUUACUUUUAAUUUGACAAAUUAAGUUUUUAGAUUUUUCUCUCCUUCUGAGAGACGUGAACGCACAAACUUUUGAAUAUAUGAAUCUGAGAUCUGAGCCUUUCUCACUUUUUAAGAGUUUUCAAGUCUUCUAAU